UAACUCAGUUCAACACAUUGCAAGUAAACACAUGGAGCGGCAUAGAAGAGAAAGAGGGGAAGUUAGAUUCUAUGAUUGAGAGUGGACGCCAUUACAGCACAUCACAGAGAGACUUGAGAGAACUGAUAACCUUUACUAGCUUUACGCAUUCAGAAGCUUCUGAUGAAGUGACUCCAGUCACGAAAUGCGUAAAGCUAGUUCCCCUGCCCGCUUACACUUUUGUAUUCUUAACAUGGAUUAAUAAAGUUAACUGGCUCUAUCCAAGUUUGGUUUCCUCGAGUUCUGAUCCGGUGAGGUCAUCCCUACUAUCAAGUUUGUUUGGGAAGUUAGUAUCUGUGGUGUUGGCACUGUGGUACACUGAUGGCAAACUAAUGAAUUCUAUGUUUUACAACAAGGAUUAAAUAGUUAUCAAGACUAAUUUAAUGAUCAUUAUUUCUGUAUCUAGGAUAAUGAAGAGAUCCUUGCUGAACUGUACGUACUUGAACGUGUUUCUGGCCACGACAACUUCCCUGCCUUUUAUGGAGCCUUUUAUCUACGGCCCAGCAUUUCAAAUGAAGAGGCGCUAUGGAUUGCUAUGACAAUGUGUGCUGGUGGCUCCGUAGAUGCCUUAAUUAGGAGCACGCCCAAUAGAUCCUUGGAUGAGACCUGGAUUUCAUACAUAUGCAAGAAAGUUUUACAGGGCCUGGAUUACUUACAGGAACUGAACGUGAUACAUCAUGAUCUCAAGGGCGCCAAUAUAAUGUUAACUUCUACGGCCCGUGUGAAGAUAAUUGAUUUUGGCCUUGCCACAAUAGGGCCCAUCAGUACAAGUAAUGCAGGAACCCGCUGUUGGAUGGCACCUGAAGUCCAUGCAUGUUUUACACGAAGUGUACAUUAUAACUACAAGGUAUAAUUAAUAAAAUAGUUGUCAUUUAGUUC